AUGGGUUUUCACCGUUUCCAACUCCCAUUCGAGAGGCCAUUUUUGUGCUGUAUCUUUCCUCAAUCAUCUUCACGGCUCGACACGAUGGGUCGUCAUAAUCCGAAUUGGUCCGAUUGGCUCUUUCGCCUCGUUUUCUCACUGCACCCAUACGACGUCCACUUCCCAGUUUUCGUUGCCAUCUCGUCUCACCGCCUAUUCUCCGCUUGGCCGGUUCCAGACCUCUUUGCGCUUAGGCCUCGAAUCCAUCCGUGCUAUGUGGGAACACACCACGAGUCGGUGUCCGACGUCCACGCCAGCAUUUGCUGUCCGCAGAAGUCGUCGAACCUUGUCUUCUCGACCUUGUUGAGGUGUCGGAAAGACCUGGGUACAUGUUAG